AUGUCCGAGCACAAGGGAUCAUCGGGAGUGCCAGCUGUCGCGAUAUUCGACACCUCCAUCGCCUCGCUGAUUGAGUCAAUGUCGGCCCGACUUGCAGCUGCACGCGCCAAGGCCAGCAUUCCUGCGGGGGUGCCAAGCUCACUAUUAGUGCUGCAUUUCUUGGAAGACAUGCACGCGGAGAAUCCCUCUUCCCUGGUCGAGGGACAGUGGACACGCUUCCCAGGAACCUCAUACGACUCUCAGAUGACCCGGGCUUCGUCACGCAGGCGAUAUCGGGCCGAGAUGGAGCCAAUCACCGCGCGCACACGGCACGGAGAGUUUACAAGCGAGCAGCCGGGAAUUUGGGUCGCGGGAUCGAAACAUGUCGCCACCGAGGCGAACGAGCCAGAUGGCCGGUUUCUCAGGCCUCUGGUCUCGUGUGCCUUGAUUUUCCCUGUCGGCCCGACAUACGAGUACGACCAACGGAAGGGAUGGUCUGAUCGAGUCAGAAUCCGGGGAUAUCGAGUGAUUUCUCUCCCCAUCCACCGACAGAAUCCGGGGAAGUAUUUGACGCUACAGCAUUCAGCGUCAGCCAUGGCGUCCGACAAACACCCCAACACCGAACACCUCGAGGAGAAGGACGGCAUCAGCGCCAACCCUGACCAUGUAUCUGACCAUACUGAAGUUCAUGCCAGCAGCGAGGCUCAAGCAGCUCUGGAAAAGGAACACAACAUGACCUUGCUGCAGGCCUUGAAGAUCUACCCCAAAGCGGUCGGAUGGUCUAUCCUUCUUUCUUGCGCCAUCAUCAUGGAGGGCUACGACGUCGUCCUGAUCGGUUCUUUCUACGCUUUCCCUGCCUUCAACCAAAAAUACGGUGGCUUGAUGUCCGACGGUUCUUACGGUCUCACGGCGGCCUGGCAGGCCGGGUUAACCAACGCCAUGAGCUGCGGACAGAUCAUCGGACUGUUUCUCAACGGCAUUGUGUCGGAGCGCUUCGGAUACCGACGCACUCUGAUGGUUUGCCUUGCGUCCACGGUGGGCAUCGUCUUCAUCCUGUUCUUUGCGCCGAAUGUGCAGACCCUGGUCGCCGGGGAGCUGCUCAUGGGCAUUCCGCUGGGCGUGUACCAGACGCUAGUGGUGACGUACGCGUCUGAGGUGUGUCCUGUGGCGCUGCGAGCAUACCUGACAACCUACGUGAACUUGUGCUGGGUGCUCGGGCAAUUGAUUGCAUCGGGUGUCCUGAAGGGUCUGGCCGAUCGCACCGACCAAUGGGCCUACCGGAUCCCCUUCGCCAUCCAGUGGGUAUGGCCGGUCCCCAUUUUUAUCGGAGUCUACCUGGCCCCCGAGAGUCCGUGGUGGUUGAUUCGCCAGGAUCGACGCGAAGACGCUGUCAAGGCUGUCAAGCGACUAACCAAGGCCGGGCAUCCUGACUUCAGCGCCGAAGAGACCGUCUCCAUGAUUGUGUACACCAACGCCCUCGAGAAACGCGUCGAGACCGGAACCUCAUACCUAGACUGCUUCAAAGGCGUGGAUCUCCGCCGCACCGAGAUUGCCUGCUGCGCUUGGGCCGCCCAAAGUCUCUGCGGUGCCGGUUUGAUGGGCUACUCAACGGUGUUUUACCAGCGCGCGGGCCUUGCCAUCUCGCAGUCUUUCACCAUGUCUCUCGCCCAGUACGCCAUUGGGGUCGUGGGCACGUUUCUCUCCUGGACGAUGAUGAUCUACUUCGGUCGUCGCACCCUCUACGUCGGAGGACUUGCCUUGCUUGCCGUCAUUCUUCUUGUCAUCGGCUUCGUCUCAAUCCCUCCCUCUACUUCUGCCCUCUCCUGGGCCACGGGCUCGAUGCUUCUCGUCUACACAUUCAUCUAUGACUCUACGAUCGGCCCGGUCUGUUUCUCGCUGGUCUCGGAGAUGCCUGCGUCCCGACUACGGACUAAAACUGUCGUGCUGGCUAGAAACGUGUAUAACAUAUUGAAUCUCGUCACGGGGAUCAUCAUCCCGUAUAUGCUGAACGUGGACGCGUGGAAUUGGCGCGGCAAGUCGGGUUUCUUCUGGGGCGCGCUGUGCAUUAUUUGCUUGACUUGGUCGUUCUUUAGGUUGCCGGAGCCGAAGGGACGGUCUUAUGCUGAGUUGGAUAUUUUGUUUGAGAGGAAGACGAGGACUAGGGAGUUUGCAAAGGCUAGGACGGGUUUGAUUGAGGCGGAUGGGGACGGGAUGACGAAGGUUGCUGUUUGA